AAAGAGCACCUGAAGGCAUCACUCUUUCACCCUUUGGUCAACAGAACAAUCAAAGUUACAAAUCUUCAGAGUUUCCGCCUGAAAACUACGAAUUAAACUGCAGCAGUGCACUCUGGGACUUGUAGUUGACCCCUCUCUUGUUCUGGACACAGUCUGUGACCUCUGACCUCGACCAUGACGUCCACGUCCGUCACCACAGUGGGAGGAGUGGUGGUCGUCACUCAGGUCAUUCCUAAGGAUGAAUCCACCAGCGCGCUCCAGACUGCCGCCGCCGCCGCCAGACAGGCUCCGCCUCCAGCCGCACAGGCCCCGGCCUCCAAGGACGACAUGACGGCCACCUUCCUGCGGGGAGGGCCCCAUGGCCUCGGGCUCGUUCAGAUCUUCAUCGGCGUGCUGUGUGUUCUCUUCAGUGUGACCGCCGUCUUCUCACAGAUCCUGAUCCUCCACGCUCCGCUCUGCCUCGCCGUCACUUUUGUGAUGUCCGGCUCUGUGGCUGUGGCGGCGGCGAGGCGGACUUCAGUCGGUCUGGUGUGGGCGUCCCUGCUGUCCCACAUGAUCAGCGUGCUGCUCGGCCUGGUGGGCGUGACCUAUGUGUGCUUCCUGCUGGCCGACCGCCCCCCCUCUGAACGCUUCUGUGACAAAUACUCUGACGGGUUCGUGCCCACGGAUCAGCAGAAGCUUAAAUGCCACGAAAACAUGGACAAUAUGGAUAUCUGUGUGUACGGACUCCUCGGCCUCCUGCUGGUUCUGCUCGUCCUGCAGGUUUGUGUCACCGUCACCGUCUGUGUUUUCUCCGGCAGAGCCCUCCGACGCAGCGACUGCUACGUCCCCGUCAUGGUGGAGUACAAUGAUGAGAGCGUUCUGGUGUCCGGUGCAGCGUCGGGGCUCGACAGUGACGUCGCUCUGUUGGACGGCAAAGGAGAGGAAACCUCCACGCCGCCUCCAUACUCCCCUUGAGAGGGGAGGACCAAACCUCUGAAUACUACAGUUAUACCACGAGUAUUACUACAGUAUUACUACAGUAUUACUGUAGUAAUACUACAGUUAUACCAUGAGUAUUACUACAGUAA